CUUAAAAAAUUUUUAAAGUUGCAACUAUUCGCACGCGAUUUAUCUGAAUAUUCAAAACUUCACGCAAUCACGGACCGGAUACUUCGAGAAUCGGAAUAUCACUCUUUCGAUAUAUCUCGAACCGCGGUCCGUUACAGAAUCCGAGGAGGGCGAGGAGUCGCAUUUAAAUUGCUCCGUACACUUUUCACGGUGUUAUCAUUCGAAAGUGGUUCCUAUGUACGAAGCAUUACGUGCAAGCGUCUCAUAAAAUGUUCGUCGUAACUGUGUACAAUCGCUGUUAUACGUCAGUUAUAUCGCGGUCUCGUGUUGGCGACUUGGGUACUUUGUACCCGAGGAGUGCGCAGAGACCGUCUUUGCGCGUUUUAAGUCUUCGCCAUCCACCAUUACGGUGAAAGUGCGGUAAUGCAAGAUCAUCCAAACCAGCCAGCGCAGUAAUUCUCGGAAACGAAGAGAGUGAUAAAUAAGAGAGGAGAGAGAGAGAGAGAUAAGUAGAAGGAUAACUAUCUGAAGCUUACUAAACAACUGUACGUUCGCUCGUGUAAGUAAACGAGCAAGUGAGAGUGGCUCUCGACGAUGCUUCCCGCGAACGGACACCCGGCCAUCACGGAUCGCGCCGCGCGAUCAACUCGCCGUUCCCCCACGAGACGGCCGCCCGUUUUUCGCACGCUCGCUACCUACGUAUCGUCACCACGAGCGAAACUCUCCCAGUUCAGGCGAGCGCGGUACGGUCGUGCGUCGUGCGUCCCCGCUAUCGCGCACGUAUCAGUCUGCACGGGUUGCUCGGCGCGCGAAGGUUGACAAGACCGGCCUACCUACUUACAGAGUCUACCUGCCGAUCGGCCGACCAAAGAGCAAGUAAUCGCCGCAAUGAGCGUCCGCGGCAAGCAAGUGCAAAAUGGUACCUAUGAGUUCGAUUACAUGCGAGUACCUGAUACCAGAACGCGCUGGGAGAUCUUCCGCGACGGCAUCUACAACCCUCAGGAGGGAACGUACUGCGGUCAUCCACCGAAAAAAUGGGGCUACACACUUAUUUUCUACGCUUGUUUCUAUGCUGGGCUGGCAAUACUCUUCAGUAUUUGCAUGAAGGGCAUGCUCGCGACAUUAAGCUACGAGAAACCGAAGUGGACUCUAAGUAGCAGUCUCAUAGGCACCAAUCCAGGCUUGGGAUUUCGGCCAAUUUCGGAUAAUCCAGAUGAGAGAUCUCUUAUCUGGUACAGCGCGUCAAACGAGACCGAAGUACAGAAAUGGACGAAUCUCUUGGACACGUUCUUGGAACAAUACAUCAAUUCGACGCUUUUGCCAAACGGCGGUACGAACCAACAAAUCUGCAAUUAUACCAUGCCACCGAAGCCUAGAAAGGUGUGUGCAGUCGACGUGAACAAUUGGGGACCAUGCGCGCCGGAUCAGCAAUACGGUUUCAACAACUCAGCACCUUGCAUCUUCAUCAAACUGAACAGGAUAUACGGAUGGGUUCCCGAGUACUACAACGAUACCGAGGACUUGCCGGCCGAGAUGCCAGAGAGCCUAGUCUCGUACAUAAAGUCAGUCGACGCUUCAUGGCUGAACACUGUAUGGGUAUCCUGCAAAGGUGAAAAUCCUCACGAUACUGAGAGCAUCGGUGAAUUAAACUACUAUCCGCAGGGUAGUCAUGGUUUUCCAGGAUUCUACUAUCCGUACGAGAAUAUACCCGGAUACUUAAGCCCGGUCGUCGCCGUCCACUUUCUUCGACCAACGAGAUGAAGAGAGGAAAUCAAGUCAUCAAUGUGGAGUGCCGGGCAUGGGCAAAAAACAUCCAAUACAGCUCAUACAGAUCCGAGAAGAAAGGUGCGGUACACUUCGAGCUGAUGGUGGAUGAAUGAUUAUACCUCACGAUCAUCAUCGUCAUCAUCUUCGACGCGCCGUUAUGCCGUGAUUUCACAACUCUAUUGCGCGAUUAGAAAGAGAUGCAGAAUGCCAAGAAUUUGACACGUCAAAGGAGCGUCGCAAAACUGGAUAUUCGGUCAUGAUAACGGACAAUCCCUCGCGUCUAGAAGAAAUUAAUAGGUUUUAAUAAAUUCGUAAAUUUUUAAGAGUAUUGCACGUGUAAAUGAAUUUUGAAUGAAAAUUAAUCUUAAUAGAACUAUCGAUUGUUUCGAUAAGAGAAAUUUCGGUAAAAAAAUUUCUCAUUAAUUUGCAAAUACGAGAAUUAAAAUUAGAACUUAAAAAGAUCUAGAUUCUUGCAUAUAAAUGCUAGAACUUUUAGUUUUUGCCUAUUUCCAAUGUCAAAAAUCAGGCGAUUUAACAGUUGUAAAAAAUAUAAUAUUCUUAUCUUACUUUUAUAUUUGAGAAUCUAAAAAAAUCAAAACACUUGCAGAGAAGAGAGAAGAUACAUGCAAAAUGAAGGAGUUAUUCCAUUAAGAAAUUGACUAAAAAUGUUUAUAUAACUCUAAAUAGUUUCAUCUAGAUUUAAAUAUGUAAAAAUUUAAUGAAUUAGUACGCCAAUUAUAUCAUCAUUUCUGAAGCUUCACGUACAUUUAUAUUAUUAUCAUAAAUUAUUUGUACAUGCCCAGCCUAGAACAAAAUAUGUGCGUUCGAAUCAUCAAUGUGAAUAAUUUGCUUGCAAAGCACCCUGGUACUUAUUAUAAGGUAUAAUAAUAGGUAUAAUAAUUGUACAGAAUGAAUAUGUCUCGCGCCUCAUAGCCAUUAUUACUUUUUAAAUAAACGACAAUGAUGAAAAAGAAAAAAA